GGUAUGAACUGCUUUACCAUUUGGUGGCUAGUCAAGUUUUUGACAACCGCUUUACAAAAUUUCAAUUGACCAUUAUGUUUAUCUGUUAAAAGGCUAUAAUGCCUUUUGACUGUGUAGGUAAAUGGAACCUAUUUGAGUUUUGUUUUCAUUAUUAGUAAAUCCAAGCUUUCUACCGAGUGCUUGAUCUGCCUCUGUUAAUCCAUGUGACAAGUUAAUUGUUCAUACAUGCAUCCCACAAUACAGAUACUGAAGUUCUGCAUUGUAUACCGUGAUAAGCAUUUUUCUUUAGCCUCUCUUGCUUUACCCUGGUAUAGGAACUCUCUACUCGCACGUUUAGUGCACUGAUAAGUACUAUAUGCGAUUAUAUUGUGACAGAGCGCACUCGGUGUACAUAAUGUUUGACAAUGGUGACUUUAAGAUUUUAUCUGUAUGUUGUCCUUUAUUAUGCCAAUGCAAUUGUAUCCAUUGCGUGUUUUUGUCCAACAAGGGAGCAAGAAUCUUAAUUCAAAUCUAUUUAGGUGAAUAGUGAAAUUCUAAGGAAAAAGCUCGAAAGAAUUGUUGGAACAGAUGACUCAAGUUUCAGUGGGAUAGACCUGGCAACUCUUAUACGGAAUAAAUUUGGGAGAUCAUAUGAUGUUCAGUUGAUUAAGAAGGAGUUCAUGGGUAGAAAUCUUCUUGCUUUGAAUGUUAUGUGGAAGUACAUGGAGCAGAGAUCCUUUCCACUGACUGAAGAAGAGUACAUUUUGAGGCUUGAUGAUGUGGCGAAUACAUUAAAAUGUUGGGGAGCUGUCUCACAUGUCCGAAACAGUCUGGAAAAGUUGAGAGAGAAAGAGCGACCACGGAUAGGAAAAGCAAUAAGCAUUUUCAUAGAUAUGGAUGAGUCUGGAGGCCGAGCAAACGAAUGGAUUUACAAGUAAAGCCAUAAUUGUUUUUUCUCUAUUAUUUCCUGAAAUUGUAGAUCUUUUUAGCAAAGUUAUCGUUGUAAAGUGAUGUUUCGUAUAUACUGGCAACAGUGGGAAAUUGAAAUAGAGAAACACCGAAAGACAUGCUAUGGUUUGUAUCCAUUUGUAUAUUUCUGAUCUGAAAAUUAUGCCAUAUAAUAUGCAUUGGCAUUUUGUUGUGGGGAU